AUGCCGCGCCAAAGAGAAAGACGUGCUGCCCCCGAAGGAGAUCACCAGAGACUCAAACUCGAAGAUCCGGAUGCUCGGGUCAGGUCACCGUCAUUCCACGAGUUCAAGGAUCACUCUGGAGAAGAUGCGGUCAGUAUCUGGCCCUUUGACCCUGAGCAUGCGACAAAGCAGGAAAACGAAGAUGGCAGUGUGCACUUCCUAGGUCCUCAAGACAUUUCAAGACUAUGGCCGAGUGUUGCUAUCCAGGUCUACACUGUCAAUCCUCUGAGUGACGACCUUUCCGAGUUCCUUUCGCCAACUGUAACACAUGGACGAAGAUCUUUUCGAACUGGAGAGUGGGAGCCACAUGAUACAGAAACCCCAUGGCGCAUCGAUGUGUACAAACGACCUCUGCAGCAUGUGUACGCUUGCAUCGCCCACCACAAACAAGAAAUUCUUAUCGACGAAACACAACUCCAUCUGGCCUUGGAGGUGGUCCGAUAUAUCUGUAUGGUUUGGGGAUCCGCGCUGUGGGCAACAUCGAUGACGGUAAUGCGAUAUAUCAAGCCAUCCAGAAAUGGAUCUUGGAUGCGCAGCGUGAAGCAUAGCGAACAACAUUCAUAUCCAAAACCACCCGAGCGGCCAAGGAUCACGACUAUCUCAGAAACUGCCCACGAAGAUAUCAAGGGUAUCGUGGAGAGACAGGAUAACGAUAUUAUUCUUGUGAAGCUUAGAAGAAAUAAAGCCGCUCCGAAGGAGAUAAAGUCUAUAUACCACGUCUUUCACCUCGAGUCCGCAGGGUUUGAUAGCGCUCAAUUAGGCCACUUACUCCUGGCUUCUCUCACGCCUUUCCUGCCUCUCGGCACGGCGGUCGACCUUCCGAUCCAUCCUUCUGAACCACGAAUCGAUGCAUGUCUCAAAGCGUUUCACGCAUUCGAUAUCUCUGAUGCACAAAUGAGUCACAACAACCUCUUCGCUUUGACUGGUAAACAUGACUUUGUGAAAGACAGUGGCAUUCUAUUCGUGCAGACUGAACCUCUCAAAUCUGCUCGCAGUCAUAUUCACUCGGAAACGAGCGAGCUGGUGACAAAAACAUUGUCCCUGUGCGAAAAAUAA